CGAGAUGGAGCCUCCCCGGCGGCCGGUGGUGGUGACGGGGUUUGGCCCAUUUGGAGAACAUGCUGUUAACGCCAGCUGGAUUGCAGUUCAGCACCUUGGAGCCCUAGUCAUGGACCAGGAUCCUGUGGUGCUAGGCGCUGUACACACACAGGACCCACAGGAGUUUGCAAUCCAACUCUAAGACAAGAGACGACAGAUGGAUACAGACACGCUGGGAGUACAAAUAAAGAAUGAGUGAGCUGGAGAAGCUGGGCUUGGGAGAUGGUGUGGAUCUGUAUGUAUAUGAAAUCCCAGUUGAAUACCAAACAGUACAAAGACUAAUUCCCGCAUUGUGGAAAAAACACAGUCCACAAUUGGUGGUUCAUGUGGGUGUAUCAGGUAUGGCUACAACCGUAACAUUGGAAAAAUGUGGGCAUAACGUAGGAUACAAAGGCUUAGACAACUGCCGUUUCUGUCCAGGCUCUCAGUGUUGUGUAGAAGGUGGCCCAGAAUGCAUCGAUUCGAUUAUUGACAUGGAUGCAGUUUGCAGGAGAGUCUCAACCCUGGGACUUGAUGUCACGGUUACUAUAUCCAAGGAUGCUGGCAGAUAUCUCUGUGAUUUCACUUACUAUACUUCCUUAUACCAGAGCCAUGGCAGGUCUGCAUUUGUUCAUGUGCCUCCACUGGGAAAACCAUAUACUGCAGAACAGCUGGGCCGGGCACUACAGGCUAUCAUAGAAGAAAUGCUUGAUGUUUUGAAGCAUUCUGAAGGCAAAAUCAAUUGUCGCCAUGAACACUGAAGCUGGGCAAAACUCCUACCACUGUUGCACUUCCAAAAUCUUCCCCACUACUAAGUACUGGGGAAGCAGCCUGUCUGAAAUGUACAGAAAAAGAAUCAGAGACUACAGAAUGAAAGUUAAUUCCACUUCCAGCAACUCUGUGACCUUCUUUUCUUCCUGUGUGAAUUUCACCUUAAACAAGAAAGUAUUUCAAGUCUUUCUUUUAAACCACCUGCAACUACUUAUUUCCUGAAGUGGCUGAAAAAUGUGUGCUGUGUUUCCUACAGAGGAUCUCUGUAAAUCAAGUGACCGCUAUUGAGCAGUCUAAUACAGUGCAGAUGGAAAAGUUUACACCUGAAGUCAGAGUUCGUGUGCAGGGAAUUGAUAAUACCAACUUCUGAUUAAAGUCCUUAGUUUAAAAGAUUUGCUGAUUUUAAAAAAAAUUAAUAGGUUUUAAUGUAAAAUUAUAGCUAUAAGCAGUUGGCAUAGAAGAUUGUGGGCUUAUUUGGGUUUUAAACAGUUCUUGUUUGGGAUGGAGAGUCAUUUAUAAUUGUUUUAGAGGGGCACUGAAUAUUUUUUGCCAGUCCUAAAAUACCCGUGCAUUAGUGUGGACUCCUGUUAAGACUUUAAUAGUGCUGCAAACAGAAGGGGGUACAUGGUUUUUAUUUCUCAUGUUGGGGAGUACUUGAGACACCCAACCUACACCAAAUAUUUCUGAAAAAUGAUUUUUAUUGUGCUCUUAAUACCACCUUCCUUGCUCAGAUUAACCAUAUACCUCCUUUACGAAACACAUUGUUUCAUAUGUGUAUAAAAUAAAACUUAUAGCGGUUGGAAAAGCUUUGCUAGUGACCACUGUUUCCACAGGGGUCUCUUUUCCCAGAACCUCAAUGCUAGAGUUUACCCUGCCCCCGUACCUUAAAAACAACUCGGUACUCUUUUUCCUUCUUUUUUUAUUGUAAAUGUUUGUUCUGUUUCGGGAUUGGAGGAAGAAUAACAUUUAAGGACUUGUCCGCACAGUGCGGCAAAGCACUCUAGCGGCUUGUGCUCCAGCUGUCCCUUGAAGACCCUGCUGGUACGCUCUAACAGGUUCCUAGUGCGCGUUGACGGAAUCCUGCUUCAACACUGAAUUCAUACACAGCACGUUAAAGUGCUUUACAAAUCACACCUCUCUAGAGUGCUUUAGCGUGCCAUGUAGACAAGCCCUGAAUUAAAUAUUAAGUUAGAGUCUUGGCUUAUUAUAGACAUAAAUAUGCCAAAAUGUGAGUGAAAGGCAACCCCGCCCCACAGCUAGCAGGCAUUCAGCCUCACCCACUACCACCCCUGCUGCAGACCCAGAGUUGCAAUGAUCUUGUUUACUCUGUGCUGAGCUCGGUGUUGGUGCUUCUCCUGGGGCACCGGGAAGGAAUGACCAGAAGGUACCACGGCUUCCAUUAUUAUCUGUAUUGUCUCUGAGGCCCCCAUUGGGCUCCACUGGGCUAGGUGCUGUACACAUCCACACACUGGUUCCUGCUGCAAAGAGACUCCUGCAGCUCUGAUUUUCAGUCCUAUGCCUCAGUUCCCAGCCAAAGUAUCAGAACUCCUCUAGUGGCCUACAGCCAGGAGAAAAGCAAUCUGAUUCUCCACUGCCUUGCCUUUCUGGCCAUUAUCUACACCAGUGCAAACCAAUUCUGAUCCAUCUACACUAGGAAAAUCAGGACCCAGGGUUCUCUGCUGGGGUCACUCACCCCAGUGAUAGCAAACAUGCACUUUUCUGACUGGCCCGUUCUAGUCUCAAAACCAAGUGUAGGGGCCAUGAUGCAUCAGGGGCAAGUACAUGCCCCCAUUCUAGCUGCAGUCUCUUGGGCAGCAAAACUUUCCGCACGGGCGGUGUUGUGGGCCUGGUCCCAUUCUAUAAGUUUUUAAGAAAGCCCUUCUCAACAUGUAUAAACUGAACCUUGUGUUUUAAAAUUUCACUCCAAAGGGGCAUUUCUGGAUGGCCUCCAGGUGCCCUCUGUGUGGUGAGAUGAUCUCCUUCGUAACACUGAGGCUAGGUCUGACGUACUGCUUGCUCAGCAGACUUUCCAAAUGCAGCACUUGGAAAGACGGGUCUCGUGUUCUAGCCAAGAUUCAAAAAGGUCUUUGAACCAGUAGUGUGUGACCUUGACUCUAAAUUGUGAUGUAAGGGGAAGGUGCGUCAUGCCACAACAAAAGUAGCGGUUAAAUUGGCACUAGCUAGCAUGUCUUGUUAGGGAGCCAUUUAAAUAAGAACGUAUGUGACUAGUUCUAAUACUUUUACUAAAAUAGAUAUUAAACUACGUUUUGAAACCUGUUAGAAAUAUCUUUAACUGUUUUAAGUUCUCUAAUUAUGAAUGAUUCUACUAGAGUAUCUCUCAAUGAGAGCUGCCACUUCCCACCAGGAAGUCUAGCGACAAAGAGAAUACAUUUGAAUGCAUGAGAGCGGUUGGAGACUUCUGCAGUUUUGUUAAGGCAACUCUUUUGUUUGGGAAGCUAGUGCAUGGAGAUGUUCAGGUAUACUUUUGGGUUACUUAAGAUUGAUUUUCUGUGGAAAUAUCUCCCAUGUUUUCUUCACCGCUUUUCUGAUUGAUAGAACUUGCUUUAAAAUUCAAUGUACAGUCUCUCCUGUGCUCUAAAUGCAGAGUAGCACUUCUUUGUCCGGCUUUCAGCAGGCAGGUCAGAUCACAAUUUCCUGUUUAGUAAUUUAUUAUAUUUAAUAUUUUGUUUAAAUAUUGGUGAUUUUACUCAUUCUUGCAAAUAGUGGAGGUAAUGAUCUUGUAGCUUUCCCUUUCAUUGGUAAGCAGUUCUGAUCAUCAAAAUGCAUCUUAACUGCUGAACCUCUUCAAAAGAGAAGUGUGUGUGUGUGUGUGUGUGUGUAUAGCUAUAUUCCAUUAAAUAUAGCAGCUGACUUACAUAAUUUCUGAAACCAUUUAAUUUCCACUUUAAAAAGAUUCCUGGCUAUGAACAAAAUGGAAGCAGAGCUUCACAGCUGAGUGAGAUAGAAUGACCAUAGAGUUGAAAUUCCGCGGGAUGGUCUCAUAAAGGGCUGCAGAUCAACAACCACAUGUUCCUUGUAGUGUAUGGCCCCAGAAAGUCACAGGUGAGGCUGCCCCUAAACAGAGAAGCUAAAGCGCAGCUUGUCUGCAGAACUUUUUAUUGGUUCAUGUUGGCAGAUAUCUGCUUAUGUGGGCCACCUGUCUGCUGAACAUUCCUCCUAAUUCAGUAAGGGAAGUCUGUCUAGCAGCUCUGAUCCUCUGGAUCGUUGGCCAGUUUUACAUCUCAUUUUGGUCAACAUUUCCAGUUCUGAAUUGGACACUCUGUCAACAUCUUCCUGUUGAAUGUUCGUUGUAACUUUGAGUGCAGAUAGUCCUUAAGGAGUUUGCAGAUGGUCAGCCUCAGAGCCCCCUACUAGUGUUGAUACUGCACCAUGCUCCGUGGAAUCCACUCGAGCUUAGGAAUGGAUUAUACUGUAUAGAACUGUAGAAGGAGGAGCGUACAGUUCUGUGAACGGAGAAAGUAGGAGGGAAGUGUCGUCUUCAUUCAGGAUUCGUCUGCUCAGUCAGUGGAAUCUCCCCAGCCAGGCACCCUUUCAGAAGUGCAUUUUGGGUCCCUUCCCACAAUCCUCCUUUGAGGGGAAAAACUUCAUUGAUUUCUGAGAAUGGGAGCGUGGGAUGUGAGCUCUGAAUGUCAGUGUCAAAGUUCAUAUUUCUACUAAUAUGCUUCACUUUGUUGUGAGCAGUGUUUUUAAUUGUUUGCAUUUUCUCAGUCUGCUUUUGUAAAGCUUCAUGAGAUCGGUUUUAUUUGCUAGAAAAUAUAAUUUAUUUUAUCAUCUUUUGUUUUGAGAAUAAGUAGUUGAUCGCCUCUUUAAAGAGCUGGUGUCUCGUUUUAUUAGUGAACUUUUGUAUAGUGAUUUUUUUUAAUUGUGACAUUAAACUCAUUUUAUUUAAAUCUGACCUAAAUUAAAUACUUCUGGUUUUUUUUUUUUGCUGAUUUUUUUUUUUUAAUUUAAACUCAUUAACUCAUGUGUUCUCUAUUAUAGACCUAUUUUGUUUGGAAUUAUACCAUAAAAAUGGUCAAAAACUUUAGUUACUGUCUUGUGUAAUAUUUGCUGCCUGCUUCAUCCUCUGUUCAUUAAUAAAUAGAACUUUGCCUGGGAGACUCAUUGCCAGCUACAGAAUUUUUCAAACUAGCAAGUAAAUGUGGAAACCCAAAAAAUGAGUUAGUUAAAAUUAUGAUACCUAUAACUAGUACACCUUGUAAAAUAUGUGAAAUUCUAGUCAGUCAUUGCAGCACUGUCUGUAUUAGGGUGACCAGACAGCAAAUGUGAAAAAUUGGGAUGAGGGUGGGGGGUAAUAGGAACCUAUAUAAGAAAAAGACCCCAAAAUUGGGAUUGUCCCUAUAAAAUCAGGACAUAUGAUCACCCUAGACUGUGUUAACACUUUGCUGAGAAACUGGGUGAGAGAGCUUGGUGGAUUUUGUUUUAAUGAGAGAGAAGGUUUGUAGAAUGGGAGAGAGAACUAGGGAGAUUUUGUUAUGUUGGUCAAGGUGUCUUUAUGUCCUCACAGCUUGGGGGAGGUAAGGAGUUGGUGACAUACUUAUGGAUGAGACUCAGUUGUUUCAGUUAAUAAACACUAUGGAGGAUUUUUGAGAAACUCCAGAUGCGCUCAGACUGCUUCAGGGAUGGUGACCAUAGUGGCAGGAGAAAUUAAGCUUGAAUAAAAACGUGGUAAUAGCCAUUAUGAAUCAGGGAAGAGAAGUACUGCUGACUCUGAACUUGAAGGCUUCUCUGAAAAUAAGGACUUGGGAGCCACGGUGGGUGUACUAGUGAAGACCUGCCCAAGGCUCAGCAGCUAUUUGUGCUUGAGUGCAUUUGAAAAAAGGACCAUGAAAUACGAGGAAGAAAAUAUAUAUCUAUGGUUCACAUUUAUGUGGAGUAUUGUGCAGCAUUGGCUGCCUCCUCUGGAAAGAUUGAAAAAGGUAAUGAAGAUGGUUAGAGGUAUUGAGCAGGGUUGUGACGCGAGACUGCAAAGACUAGAAUUAUUUAGCCUGGAAAGAACAAUUUUACAAGGAGAGGACUUAGUUGAGGGUGUUCAAAAUUCUAAGACUUAGUGAAAUUAAAGGGAGCACAUUUACAAUGGGAAAAAAAUUAAUACCACUUUAUGCAGCUCAGUGUUUGCAAUUCAUUGCUGCUGGUAGGCCUGGCUCUGUGGCCAGUAUCACUGGUACUAUGUAAACUAAGAAUCCUAACCUUUAAACUGACUGCUUGCCAGCAUCGAGAAGGGAUUUGCAUGACCGUGUGUGGAGGGUUGUCACUCUUCCUCUGAAGCAUUGAUAUUGGCUGCUGCCAGGGUCUGAUAUAUGACAACUUCUCUGUAUCUACUUAGGAUUUGUACUGUAAGUGCUUGGCUUAUAAUAAGUCAAGUAGAGAACUAUAAAUUGUCCCAAAUGUAGCAUUUAGACUUAAGUGAUGUGGUGGUGUUUUUUUGUUGUUUGGUCUGCCCGAUCUUCCACACAGUGUUACCUCUUGGUGCCUCACUCACCUGGCAAAUAGUACCCCGGGCGCUGUCACACAGUGAAUCCAUGGUACCGCUGGGAUAAGAACCCAGGAGCUUCCAGGCCUGGGUUCCAGCUGAGAGCACAGCCUCCUAGUAUUUUUUUAAAUGAAAAGUUAAAAAAUAAAUUAAUCUCCUAAAUGUGAUAAAACACCAAUAAUCCUCCUACUAUCUGAAUGUGUAAUUCAGUGAAACGUUACAUGCAAACGUGUAUAUAUGAACUGUAAAAAGGAAUUGCAGUGCAAAGGGCUGGCUGGCCCCCAAGUGGGGAAAGGUUAUGUGGAAAAGAGCGAUUAAUCUGCCAGGUGACAGCCUUCUUUAAAAGAGGAACCAUCCCACGAAAUAAACUCCCAACCUGACUGUAUUCUGUCACCACCUGCCCAACGGUGGCCUGUGAAUUGGUUUUAAAUUGUAGCAUAAGUGUUUUUAAUCUUUCUAACCAUGCAUUUUUGUGCUACAGCAUUGAGCUCCGUUAAGCGUUAGUUGUGUUAAAAACCAACGGUCCGGGGACAACAGAAGGGAGAGUAACAGGCACGUUUGUGUAUUUUCAUACAUGGAGUUCAGUUUUAGGAAUCAUUCUGCAACAAGGAUGUUGUAGCUGAAUUCACAAUAGCUCUAAAUCCAUUUGUGUUUCUCGAAUGGGCUUCCAUAGAGCAGCUUCCCUCCAAGCGCCUUAGACCCUUUCACUUCUGGUUUGUAGAAAGCUGGUUUACAGUAAAAUACGGGGGCGGGGGGGUGAUAGGGCUUCCUUCAAUUUAGCUUAUUCUAGGUUUCGUUAUAGUUUCAAAACUUUAUUGAAAAGCUUGCAUAAAAUGCCCCUAAUUGCUCAUUGUUAUAUAUUGUAGAGUGUUGCAUUGCAUUUACCAGAAAUCCUACCUAAUAUUUUGCAGUGAAGAAAUGUCCUUUUUCCUUUCAAAACUAGUAUUUGCAGCUUGACAUAAAUAUCUGUCUUAUCGGUGUAAAAAUAAACAGCAGUGUCACUGCAGCUCCACAGCAGAAACAAAGCAAUAUUCAAAACAAUUAAACCCACAGGAUACUCUUGGGCUGUGUUGUUAAUCCCUCACCCUAUUGAAACAUGGAGACUACCUCUAUUUAAAUAAAUAUUUUAAAACAAAAUGAAAGGCACAAGGUGUCUUGCUGUAGACAAGAAUUAAAUAUGGGAAAUGAAAUAAAUUAUACACUGAGCUGAAGUUAAACCCUGGGCUGUUUAAAUACAGGCUCAGGUCUAGUAUUGCACCAGCUUAUUGAAAUACCUGUGUUAACUUUGAUUAAACAGGGAGUGCCUUUUCUUGGGCUUUGCUCCAUGGGAAUGCAGCCUGUUGGUGCAUGGGGAUAGAUGAGCCAUUUGCACGCGGGUUUGGAGGGAAGAAGCAAGAUUGGACUCCUGUAACUGGGAGAAACCAGUGACCACGUGUCAGUGUCCCCUUUAUCUGAGGGGACGUUCUAUAGAAGCUCUGCAUUGACCUGAUCUCCUAAGACCUUACCAGAACACAUCCAGGCCUAGUAAGGGAGAGCAGAGUACAUGCUACUAAGUGCACUUGCGUGCACACAGCGUUCUUACUGUUCACUGGGCUUCAGCAGACUGGCUGAAUUAUUGGUCAGAUUUCUUCAGAUCAUGUUCUCUUGUCCGGACGUCUCUUGUUUAUGCAUUUGCAGCAUCACUCAGCCUUUCAAGAUGGGCACUUUUGAACCUCCUCUGUUAAUUGUGAUCAGAUAAACAUUCUCCUUCCCCCUCUCCCCCCAAGUCUCUCAGGUGUGCUUAUCAGGACUAUUGGCGCUACAGUUAUACAUUUGUUGAGGCUUCUGUUUUUCUCAGUACUUUCUUGCAGUGCCUUGUAAAACCAAACAAUCCAGUGUGUCAUAAAAGGGCUGUGUUGUAAUGACCAAACAAUACCAUACUUUCAGCUUGCCAUUGCUAGACUGAACUCUGUAACUGGAAAUUUAAAACGGAUAUGUCAAAAGUAAAUAAAAUGAGUUAAUUCUU